AAAUAGUAUUCUCGUUUCCGGAAAUAUUCUUAGCACCUAUUUUGUGAACCCUAUUUUGUUUUUUACAAAUUUAUUUCUUAACCUGAUGGUUCUGGUACACCGAUUGCUUAAGCUGACAUUAUAUCGACAAAGACUUACAGAUGUCCAACAACAUAUUAGACACAGAUAGUGAAGAUGAAUUACCACCAGGAUGGGAAGAAAGAGUAACAUUUGAGGGAAGAGUAUUUUAUGCAAGCCAUGAUCAACACAACACUCAAUGGAAACAUCCUGUGACGGGAAAGGAAAAAUAUGUCAGAGGAGAAUUACCUUAUGGAUGGGAAAGAGUUAUACAGGAUGAUGGAACAAUUGUGUAUGUUGAUCAUAUCAACAAGAAGACCUGCUUUACCGACCCUAGACUAGCUUUUGCAGAACCAUUGAAAACUUCACCUAAGGAUUUUAGACAGAAAUUUGAUGGAAAUAGUUUUGCAUUGCAAAUUCUAAAUGGAAGAGAUUUAACAGGCAAAUAUGCAAUUAUAACAGGUGCUAGUGAUGGCAUUGGUUAUGAAACAGCAAGAUCAUUAGCAUUUCAUGGUGCUUCAAUUAUAAUGGCCUGUAGAAAUACUGAAAAAGCUGAGAAGUGCAAGAGUAAUAUUUUGAAAGACAGACCAAAAGCUACCAUAGAAAUACUACACUUAGAUCUUGCAUCAUUGAGAAGUGUCAAACAGUUUGCAGAAGAGUAUAAAAGAAGAGCGUGGCCCCUGCACAUGUUUAUCUUGAAUGCUGGAGUGUUUGGCUUACCCUACAUAGUGACAGAGAAUGACCUUGAAAUGACAUUCCAAGUCAAUCACCUCUCUCAUUUUUACCUGACCAAAUUGUUGUAUGAUCUACUAGUAUCAUCAGCUCCUAGUCGUGUGGUAGUGGUAUCAUCAGAAUCACAUAGAUUUCCAAAAAUCCACACCAUUGAGGAUGUAGCAGAAGAUUCAUUAUCAUUACCAAAAGACAAAUAUAGUGACAUGAAUGCUUAUAAUAUAUCAAAACUGUGCAAUAAUCUAUUCUCUCUACAUCUAAAUAAACUGCUGGCCGGCAAAAAAGUAACCAGUAAUAGUUUACAUCCAGGAAGUUGUAUUAAUACUAAUAUACAAAGGAACUGGUGGUUAUAUCGAGUUGUAUUCUUCAUAGUCAGACCAUUUACAAAAUCAAAGCAACAAGGAGCAGCAACUACAGUUUACUGUGCUACACAUCCAGAUGUAGAAGAGAUUGGUGGAAUGUACUUUAACAAUUGUUGUCCCUGCCAGCCAUCAAAAGAAUCUAUGGAUGAACGACUAGCUGAGAAGUUGUGGACAGUUAGUGAGACCAUACUUCAAGAUAGACUUGCUAGAUUGACUAGUAUAUAAUGAAAGACAGGAGUGUCUCAACUAUGUUUUAGAAAGAAAAUUAAAAUCUAAUUGUUACCUUCAAGUAAAUCUGAAGUGGAAGAUGAAUUACACUUCAGUAACAAAUGUACUAAACUCUAUAGAGUUUUAUUAUCAGUUCUUAAAGAAAAAGUUAGAUAUUGUACAUUUCUCCCCCAAUCUUCUUGGAGUUUUCUGUUAUAAACCAGAGGAGAUCAAUUAAGUUAAUCAUCUCUCCAUCAUGCAUAGCUAUAGUUCGUUUCAUUUGGAUUAGGUUUUACAUUUGGUCCAUUCUAGGUUAUAAGUAGUUAAACUGUGUAUAAGAUUGUAAUGUUUAAAUAUUUCUGCCUUAAGGUAGAUUGAUGGUAUACAGCCAUCUUGGAUUGUACAAUCACAGUACAAAAUCGGUCUAGUUAUUUGCCUAAAUCUGCAAAUUUGGAGACAAUCUGCAAAUUUGGAGACAGAUUUGCAAUUCAAUCGUUUGAAGUUUUUUCUAUUUAAAGAAAACUUGUUAAUUAAUUGUAUUGUACAAAAUAUUUUAACAAAUAUCAUUUUCUUUGGUUUUAAAAUCAUUUUUUCAAAUGAACCAUUUAAGGGGAGAUAGCUCUUUUUUUUAUACUGAGCUAAUAGGGAAAUGUUUUAUAUUUACUUGUAGCAAGAAAACAAGUUCGGUGAUGCCAUGUUUUCUUUUUAUUUUCUUAGAACAUAUUAUGAAACCUUUCUUCUCACAAUUUAUUUCAAAAUUCUAUCUCAUAGAAUUUUUUUUAUGCACACUAAUUUGUUUUUUUAUGAACAAACUAACUAAAUUUUGGCAAUUUUCAACGACUCAUAGCUUGAAAAAUAGCACGGUGACCCAUACUUUUUAUUAAAAUUUUGAAAAGAGCAUAGUAAAAUCUUCAUUUUGGCAAACUAUAAAAAAAAUUCUGUCUCAAAAAAUAUAUACUGGUGAUCUACCUUAAGCAUUUUGAAAGAGACAUUCAUUGUUGAAAUAUCCACCUGAUGUUGUAAAAUUGGUACGGUUUAUGUUAUCUCAGACCUUUGCACUUUUCAUCCCAUAUUAGAAUUAAAUCUUCAAAAUGAUAAGAUUGCCAUAAAUGUUGCACAAAGAGCAUACAAUACAACAGCCAAGGCAGAUAACUGAAUAAAUCCAGAACCUAGGGACAUGAAACUUUCAUAUAUGGUUGUGAGAAUGCUCACGUGACAAGGUUGCAUUAUAAAUACACUGCUUCAUUAUUUUAGGCCAAACAACAAAAAAAGCUAUCAAUUGCAUUAAAUAUAAGGUUUUUUGCUUUUAACAAAAAAAAAAUGCAUAUAGACCCUAUUGUAUUCAUUUUUUAAUUUGAUUGUGAACUGCAUCAAUAAUGUUAUGUCAUAAUUGCAAGAAAAAGUCAAUGUUAGAUUUCUGCAUGCAUUUGUAUUGGCAAGUACUUGAUGAAUACCUCUUAAAAACUUUAAAACUAGAGAUUACUUGUUAUGAAUUUCUUAGUGUUGAAUUUAUAUAAUAUAUUAUUAUAUUGAUUAAUGCCUGUUUGUUUUUUUUGUGUUUGUUGUAUGUUGAAAAUCCACAUUCUGAAUGUUAAAUCAAUGAAAUCAUUGACUAUACAAACCAUCCAAGUCAAGAGCAUUGGAUGAACAAAAGUCUUUUUAAAAAAAUGUAUAAGUUAACCUGGUUGUACAGUUCAAUGACUACUAUUUAUCUGUGAUAUUUGUAUAUAUUAUUUUGCAACAUCUUUUACCAACAGGUCAUUACUCCAAGGGAGACUAACAUGUGUUGGUCAGAAAUCAGUAUGUAUUAAACUCGUUGACAUGAAAGCAGAUUUGAUCUAUUUAACAUGUAUUGUGAUGAAUCUUUUCUUUUUUUUCAUUAAAUUUGAAAAUUUU